CUGUCAAUCACGGCGAAAGUCUCCGCCCACUGAUGACAUCACAGGCUAACCAGAGUUUCUGCAUUGCAGAAAAAGAAACAUCGACUGUCAGAGUGAAAGAAGUAUGAUGAUGGCGGAGGCAUCAGCCUCAGAUCUGUUCUCAGAGCAGGAGUUAACCUGCUCCAUCUGUCUCGAUGUGUUUGAUGAACCUGUCUCCACUCCCUGUGGACACAACUUCUGCCAGGCGUGUAUUGGAGGUUACUGGGCAUCCAGUGUGGUCUGUACCUGUCCGCUCUGUAAACGUCAGUUUGAUGAACGCCCUCAGCUCAGCGUCAACAAAGUCUUCGCUCUCAUAGCAGAUAAAUACAAAGAAGCUCAAUAUGACGCAGCAGGGUUACCAAUGCCCGCCAGGAAUGGAACACCGGGGGUGACGGGGGCCAUGACAACACACACAUCCAGCACCAACCCGUUUAUGCCGUCAUAUGGUGAGGAGGUGGUGUGGUGCGAUAUCUGUACAGGUCUUAAAAAACCCGCUGUCAGCUCCUGUCUCACCUGCACGGCUUCCUACUGCACUGAGCAUGUGCAGCCACAUCAGACCACACCCUUCUAUGCCAAACACCCGCUGUUGGACCCUCAGGAGGCCCUCAGGGGCCGCACAUGCUCGCAACACCACCGCCUGCUGGAGGUGUUCUGUCGGACAUGUCAGCGCUGCAUCUGUGCCAUUUGUGUCCUGGAGGAACAUCGAACACACAAAACUGUUUCAGUCCAAACUGAGAGACUCAGCAAACAGAAACAUGUAGCGAGGACGGAGCAAGAGAUUCUGAACCGGAUCAAAGAGAAAGAGAUUUAUGUGACUCAGUUGAAGAGGAAACUGCAAGGAGUAAAGACGUAUGCAGACAGUGAGCGAGGUGAGGUGGAAAACCUCCUGGAUGAAGUGUCAAGCUCAUUGGACAGGAUCCGGUCUCAGGUGGUGGGCGGGAUUGAGAUCCAGCUUGAUGCCGUGAUGUCGAAGGGGGAGGGGCUUGUGGACCGACUGGAGGCAGAGCUAAGCCAGUUAACUGAGAGGAGGGCAACGCUGGAGGUCCAAGCCAUCAGUCAGGACCACAUUGGCUUCCUGCAGAGCUAUGAGAAGGCCACAGCUCCUCUCUCUGAGGACGAGCAGAGGGAGGUGGAUGAGGAUGAGGAGUUCUCCCUCCACUUCGCCCUGGGGGAGGUGAAAAGCUCUCUGUCCGAGGUGAAGGAGAAGAUGGACGACAUUCGGAUGGGGGAGGUUCGGUCCAGAGGCAGCAGAGGUUCCUUCUCGUCGGGGGAUCUGAUGGUGGCGGAGAGCAUGCUCAGUCUGAGGGCAAGCAGCGCCAGUUUGAGGAAGAGUCACUGGUCUCUGAAAGAUCAUAAGAAGCACAAAACAGUCUCAGGACACAAGAAGGCUCGAGUCUACAUGGAGGACGUGAUGUUGAACCCGGUGACGGCGUAUCCCUUCCUCAUCCUGUCUGAGGACAGGAAGCAGGUGAAGAGAGGAGAGAAGCUGCAGUUCUACAGAAACAGUCAGCAGCGCUUCGACGUCUGGUCCUGCGUCACCGCCAAAGAAGGGUUCAGCACGGGACGGCACUACUGGGAGGUGUUUGUUGGGGAGAGUAAGGACUGGAAGCUGGGAGUGGUCAGCGAGUCUGCGCAGAGGAAAGGUCUGUUCGACAUGAGUCCAACUAACGGGUACUACGCCAUCUGGUGGAGCGGCAGCCAGCUGCGAGCGCUCACUGCACCUCCUCUUACCAAGGUGAAGAGUCCUCCGAAGCUGCGUCAAGUGGGCGUGUUCCUGGACGUGGAGGAGGGUCAGGUGUCCUUUUACAACGUGAAGUCUGGCUCCGAGAUCUACAGCUUCAGCGGACCCUCCGAGUUCACCGAGAGGAUGUUCCCUCUGCUGGGCACCGGGGACAAAGAAGUCCCCCUGGUCCUCGGGUCCACUCAGCACCAGCUGGCCUGAAGGACCAGAGGACCAGGCAGAGGGACACAGACGUGGGGGAAGGGGGGGGGGAUGCGAAAGGGGGUCAAAACCUAAACGAAGAAGGGAGAGAAAUGGGGGGAGGAGGGAGGAAGACUGACAGACGCACUGGGACAGUGACAGACGAUUGCGGCCAUGUUGGAUGAUACAGUUCUAUAAUGCCGCUGCCAUGACAACAAAUAAUAAAUUUAGUGUCUAAUCAUAAUGAGAAAAAAGUGUCAGUUUAUAAGAUUGUUUUGAUGUUCUAAUUAGGUCCUUUAAAUGUCAUAACAAAAGUAUCACGCUGUAACGUUUUCACGCUGUAACGAGAUCUCUUUGAAUCAUUAAGACAGCCUCUUGUUUUUUCAUUUCUAUUCUAAAAUCUGAUCAUUUUCAUGGUUUACUAAGAGACUUUCAAUGUUCCAGCAGGAUUUUCUUUGAUUAAACACCCUCUUUAAAUGCUGUAACACGAUUCUUUCUACGGAAGCCCUAAGUGGACAAUCACGCAUUUUGAUUUGGCUCCAUAUUCCCGCGAUCAGGAGUCAUUUUCCGGUUGUUUUCGCGAGAUGUUGACUUAUUUUAAUGUGGUUAUAUCAGGACAACAACGCUGUUUGCCUGUGAUAACGAGUUCAUUUUUAGGAGAUCUCAAAAGAAAAAGAAGACUAAAAUAAACCUGUUAUCAGGGGAAAACCAGCUUUGUUAUCCUGAGAUAAACAGAUACAUUAGUCAAGAAAAAAAAACAGGAAUUUACUUUUUGCAGGAAAACAGAUUAAACUCAAAUGUAUUGAUGUAUGUCCUCUUAGGGCAUCCGUACUUUUGAUGAAUUAGCAAGAUAUUUUUCAAAGUAAGAAAAAGUUUUUGUAAAGUUUCAAGUAAAAUUAAAGUUUUUUUUAGUUUAAAUGUCAUUGCAAGAUCCUGUUGAAGUUAUAAAAAUGCUGAAUUUAAAGCUUUAACAAGAUCAUUUUGAUAAUCUACCAAGAUUCUGUCACGAUGAAGAGAUCUUUUAAAAAAGAAAUGUUUUUACAAGAUCCUUCUCCUGUAUUUGCAAGAUGAAUUUCAUGCUGAAACAGUUUAACAUUCUUGCUCUGGAUCCGUUUCAUUUUGUUCAAAGUGAGCCAAGUUCUGUCCACGAUCGAGUCGGAUGUUUUCAUAUUGAAACCUGAUCCUUUCUUGCUCUAGUGAGAUCCUUGUCACUCAGAUUACGUUUCUGUUUAUCCUGUAACAUGUUUUUCAGGUUCCAACAAAACCCCUUUUCCUUCUACCAGCCCGACAUGUUUCAUCAUAACGAGAUCCUGUAAAUGUUCUGGCACUAUGAGGAACCUUUUUUUAUAAUGUGAUUACUGAAGCUCAAACAUGAUCAUGCUCUUGCCAUAUCUUCAUGUUUUAACAACACAUAUUUCAUCAUCCAGGAGUUUAGUUUUUUUUCAUGAUCCGUCUGCACACAGUGUUUGAAUAAGUAAGUUUGUUUUCACGGAUGAGUUGAUUUUUACUAUGAAGCAAAAAGAAAAUAGAGGUCUUCUGGUAUAUCAACGCUUUUUGUUGUCACAGUAGCGGUGAUCCUGUUUUAAAAACAAGGUCCAUCUGGAGGUCUUCGUGUUUCUGCAGACUUUGAGUUUUUUAGUUAUUAGGAGACAGGAAAUGGUGUAUUCAGAUAUUUUUCUAACAGAAUGAUUAUUUACUGAGAUUUGUUAAGUGGAAGUAUGUUAAACACAAAACUGUUUUGAAAUAAAUGCAAAUAAAGAA